CUCUAAUUUUCCCAUCACCUUCUCGUUUUCCUUUUCUCAGACUCAAACUAUUGCACCUUUGAUGAACACCACCCUUUAUUUCUAUUUCAUUUUCCUUUAGCCUUUCGCUUUUCCUUCUUCAUUUUCGUUUCAAGCUCGCAAUCUCUGCAGAGAUGGCAGGAAACGGAAGCGGACACGCGAACGGAGAGUUCAGUUUCGGGAAUGGAACGGCACGGAACGGUCUGGCUAAGAUCCAGACGCAUAAGAAGCAAAACGGGAUCUGCCACGAUGACAGUGCGCCCCCCGUGAAGGCUCAGACCAUUGAUGAGCUCCACUCACUGCAGAAAAAGAAGUCCGCACCCACUACCCCCAUUAAGGGGACCCAGGGUGCCUUUGCUAGCACCAUCUCCGACGAAGAGCGCCAGAAACAGCAGCUCCAGUCGAUCAGUGCAUCUUUGGCGUCACUUACGAGAGAAACUGGACCCAAGGUGGUGAAAGGUGACCCAGCUAGGAAGUCAGAGACCCCAAAGCACGUAGCACACGCCCAUGAACACCAUUUCACACCGACUAUCAGUGUCAGCGACAGUUCCUUGAAGUUCACUCAUUUCCUCUACAACCUCUCUCCUGCAGAGCUAUAUGAGCAGGCCAUAAAGUAUGAGAAAGGGUCAUUCAUCACAGAGACUGGUGCCUUAGCAACACUUUCUGGAGCUAAGACAGGUCGAUCUCCUAGAGAUAAGCGUGUUGUAAGGGAUGAGACAACUGAGGAUGAUCUUUGGUGGGGAAAGGGCUCACCAAACAUUGAAAUGGACGAGCACACAUUCAUGGUGAACAGGGAAAGAGCUGUCGAUUACUUAAAUUCUUUGGACAAGGUCUUUGUGAAUGAUCAAUUCUUGAAUUGGGACCCAGAGAACAAAAUUAAAGUCCGGAUUGUCUCUGCCAGAGCAUACCAUUCCUUGUUCAUGCACAACAUGUGUAUCCGACCCACUCCUGAAGAGCUGGAGAAUUUCGGUACUCCGGACUUCACUAUAUACAAUGCUGGCCAGUUCCCAUGUAAUCGUUACACUCACUACAUGACGUCCUCUACUAGCAUAGAUCUUAAUCUUGCUAGAAGGGAAAUGGUCAUCCUCGGCACCCAGUACGCCGGGGAAAUGAAGAAGGGUCUGUUCAGUGUUAUGCAUUAUCUCAUGCCUAAGCGUCAAAUCCUCUCCUUACAUUCUGGCUGCAAUAUGGGAAAAGAUGGAGAUGUUGCCCUCUUCUUUGGAUUGUCAGGUACUGGAAAGACAACUCUAUCUACGGAUCACAAUAGGUUGUUGAUUGGAGAUGAUGAACACUGUUGGAGUGAGAAUGGUGUGUCAAACAUUGAAGGCGGUUGCUAUGCCAAGUGCAUUGAUCUCUCAAGGGAGAAGGAGCCUGAUAUUUGGAAUGCCAUUAAAUUCGGGACAGUUCUGGAGAAUGUAGUGUUUGAUGAGCAUACCCGAGAGGUUGAUUAUUCUGACAAAUCAGUCACAGAAAACACUCGUGCUGCAUACCCAAUUGAGUAUAUCCCCAAUGCAAAGAUACCAUGUGUUGGUCCACAUCCAAAGAAUGUCAUACUAUUGGCAUGUGAUGCAUUUGGUGUCCUCCCACCAGUGAGCAAGCUGAGCUUGGCACAGACUAUGUACCAUUUCAUCAGUGGCUAUACUGCUCUGGUAGCAGGCACAGAAGAGGGUGUGAAGGAGCCACAGGCGACAUUCUCAGCUUGCUUUGGUGCAGCAUUCAUUAUGUUGCAUCCUACCAAGUAUGCAGCCAUGCUGGCUGAGAAGAUGAUGAAGCAUGGUGCCACAGGAUGGCUUGUCAACACUGGCUGGUCUGGUGGAAGCUACGGCUCGGGGAAUCGAAUUAAGCUUCCUUACACAAGGAAAAUCAUUGAUGCCAUACACUCUGGCAGCCUCCUGGAGGCAAACUACAAGAAAACCGAAGUGUUCGGACUUGAGAUCCCCACUGAAGUUGAGGGAGUGCCUUCCGAAAUUCUGGAACCAAUGAACACUUGGGCAGACAAGAAUGCUUACAAUGCUACACUGCUGAAGCUGGCUGGCCUGUUCAAGAAUAACUUUGAGACCUUCACUAACUACAAGAUUGGCAAGGACGGCAAGCUGACCGAGGAGAUCCUUGCUGCUGGUCCAAUCUUCUAAUCAUGAGCUGGACAAACAAACAAAACUGAUCCUGGGAGUUUGUGGUUGAUAGAAAUAAGGAUUAGUUAGGCUUAGAUGCAAUCAUGUGGUUCCAGUAAUUUACAUGUAAAAUGGUUUGCCUUAGUUCAUUUUGAAUUUUAUGUUACUUAAAUUAAGAUUUAUCCUUUUUAGAUAAGUCCAAGUAUUCCUAUGUUGGUCAAACUAUUGAUAGAAAAAAAAAUCUAUGAUUGUCAAAUUUUCCAACCAGAAAUGUGACUUAAUUUUGAGCA